UAGCUAGUUUAUAUUGUGCAAUGUGACAGCCACCAGUGCGGAUUAAGCUGAGCUGUAUUUGGCUGCUAAAGUAUCAUCGUCAUCAUCAUCACACUCGUAUGUUCACCGAUUAAAAUGUCAUCAACAAUGAUGCAGGUAGUUUUGCGCCUCAUCUCAAGCUAAAUCGUAAGUGGUUCUCCAAUAAGAAGCCAGUUGCGGAUGAAAGUUACAAGUUCGGUUAUUUUAUACUGCUUGCUACCUUCAAAGUUGUCUACCCCUGGCUAGUGUCCGAUAUAAUCAUGAAAGCGUGCAACCAUUUGCCAAGAUUUAGAGCCUCGGCCGUCUCCACUCGACUGUACAGAUGCUGUGCGCCCUCCUUGCUCUCCAGGCGCGUCUGCAAAUGGCACCUCUUAAACAUAACGCCACGGGGAAGUGUUUCCACCUGCAAAAGCAAGUGUUAAAGGUGAUAACAAAAGGUUGACGUCACCGAGCUCAUCCUGAUCCUGCCGCACAACCUCGACCGCUGAGGAGGUGGAGAAGGAGGAGGAGGAGUGCAGGAGUAGUUUCAGAGGACGAGAAGAGCUUCUGUUUUUAAUGCUAGGACGUCUAAUGGUUCGUGUCUGGAAGGAAAAGGUCUAUCUCUGAUCAAAUUUCGGGUAUCCUAAGGGCGCACUUAACUAAUGGGAUCCUAUCGACGUUUCUCCCCCUCCGAGCCCAAUCUUUACACGGCGGAAUGUUAAUGUUGUCACAGCCUGUCCGUGUUGUCUUUGGCUGCUCUGCUUUUAUUGCUGUAAUCGGUCUGUAAUGUCAUGGAGCUUGUGACGGAUUUGAUUAAAAGGCAACUCUUCUGUUCUAUGAGUGGCCGGACUAUGGAAGUUAUCUGCUUUGCGCUUCACAUGUGUGAGGAGAAGUGUGUGUCCCAUGUUGCAUUAGUGUCUGUGUGAAAUGCUGGCCUGUCUGCCAGGGCCAGGUGACCUCCCCCUCCAGCUUCUCCCCCACACGCAGAUGAACACUGGACUUCAGAAAUGGGACACCACACAAAGGAUGAGAUCCGCUCCGUUUCCAACCCCUGCAGAAUUGGAUGCAUAUGCUAAGAAGGUUGCCAACAACCCCCUCACCAUUAAGAUCUUCCCCAACAGUGUCAAGGUCCCCCAGAGGAACCACGUGCGCCGUACUGUCAACGGGCUGGAUACGUCAGGCCAGCGCUACAGCCCUUAUCCUUCCUCUCAGGCCAGUGCCAAGACAGGCCUCCUCGCCAUCGUCAAGGUGCCCACUGUCAAAGGCAUCCUAAAAGAUUUUGACGGUAGCCGGGCUCGCUUGCACCCUGACGUCAUCAUGAACCCCCUUACGGGACCCUAUCAGGUGGCUUCAACCAGCACUUUAAACCACCAGGUGCAGAACCUUCCCCGGCCCCAGCAGAGGUUACCCCUUCCACUGCAGGACCCCCCUCAGACUGUGCAUAUACCCCUUCCCCAGCAGCAGGUGCACACCCAGAGUCUCAGACAGCCUCCCCCAAUGGCCCAGCACCCUCAGGGCCCAGCCAGACUCCAGACUCAGUCUCAGCACCCAGCUCUCGGGCAACCACAGGGGCCACCUACUGUCAUGCUCCAGCAGCAGCACCUUCAGCAGCAGCAGCAGCCUCCACCUGGCCUGCAGGGAAGCAGAAAGCUUCCCGAUGGCGAUGCACCACCUAAUGUUACUGUCUCUACCUCAACCAUUCCACUCUCUAUGGCUGCUGGUCUGCACCAGGGCCGCCAGGCUGACCUGAACACCAUUGUACAUCAGAUCAACCAAUUCUGCCAAGCUCGGGCCCAGGGUGCAGGAACCACCUCCAUGUGUGAGGGCCAGAUCGCCAACCCCAGCCCCAUCAGUCGCAACCUGCUUAUCAGCGCUUGUUCUAGGGUUUCCAUGCACAGUAACCCUGCCACCCCUGGCUUCCCCCCACCCAACUGCAUCAUUGGCUCUCAAGAGAAAGCCACAGCCCCAGUGGGAGCUCACCCUCCACCCAGUGUGGCUGCUAUGAACCACUUGCCUUCCAACCACACUGAUCUCAAGCAGCAGCACCAGCUGCAGCAGCACCAACUGCACCCACAUCAGAAUCAGCAGCAGCAGCAACUACAACACACCACGCAGCAGCAGCAGAAGAUGCGCUCUUGGAAUCAGCAUCAGUUGGCUCAUGUACCCCACAUUCAGAAUGGGGGGAGCCACCUCUGCAAGCAGCCUUCCAGGGACGCCACCUUCCAUUUUAAGGGCAUGGGCUACCCUGCAGAGGUGUGCGUGGGUCAGCCUUACUCACUAAAACCUCCCGUAGAGAGGCCCACCCCCUCCCCACCUGUUAACAACAACGGCAUGCCCGGCCCCAUGGCCCACUACACUAACGGUCACUACUUCCAGUCGCACAUUUGGAACAGCAGCAUCCUACCCACACCCAACAGUGACAGCUCCGGGUCUCAGGACAUAGCCAUGCCAUUCCACGGUGCAGGCCCAGGAGGGUGCACCACGCUAGACUGUGGGCCCCCUGGGGCUCCCCAUUACCGGCUAGGAUCAAGCUCCUCCUCCUCCUCCUCCUCCUCCGCCCAGACUAAUCUGAUGCAAACAGCAGAUUACUUGGGUGGGGACUUCCAGACGCCCUAUUUCCGCGAUCAGAAUCUAGGGUUGAUGGGCAAGAUGCACAGGCCCCCUCUGAGCAGGGUAGGUCCAGAGGUUGGGGAUGGCAGAACCGCUCUCAUCCAGCACCCAGGGUACAGAUAAGCUAUGGCCUUGUCUCCACAACUGUUAUCAGCACCCUUUGUUUAGUCUUAAGAAAGGAAACAUGAAUAAAACUCAACUUAUAACUUAAGCAAAUGACUGCUAAUGUUAAAGAGGGUAAAUUAAUAUAUUUAAUGAAGAUCAGUAGGUUUUUUUUGUUUGUUUGUUUAAUCUUGCAAGUGAUCAAUUGCUAAUUCUAGGUUUGUUAACGAGGGCUUCUAACUGGCACUUCAUACUGUUUAUUACCUGCUUUUUUCCCUUGAUGAUACUUGUCAAUUUACGUGCCUGGAUCUCAAGUGAUCCUGUGUCAUUUCUACUUCAGACCUGCCACUAAAGUUUCCUUAUGCAUGCAAGAAAGAAAAACAGAUCCCUCUCUGAAAAAACAUCUGCUUUUUUUUUUCUUCCUGUAACAGGACCAUGUCAGGAAAUUUUUUGGUUCCGACUAGGUUCAUUAAAUUCGUUUCAUUUCGAUGAUUAAACGCAGUCACUUCAGGACAAAAGAGAGAGCGAUAACCGUGCUUCAAUGCAAAGCCAUCAGUUAGUGAAGUAUAACAGAGUCCAGCUGGGACCUGUUCCAGAAAGCAGGUUUAGUUAGUUUGAGUUGAUGAAGUUCAGGGGGGGGUGGUUGCAGCUGGGUCAGUCAGCUUAGGUGAUAUUAAACAAAAAAAAGCAGUUAUCAGUGGAGCUCCGAGACCAACAUUCACUAUGGCAACGGGUAAAUGAAGAGCAAAUUUUCCACUUUAAAUGGAAAUAUGAAUGUUUGUCAAUCUGUCACAUUUUUCUUUUUUUCUUUCUUUCGUUUUUUUAAAGCCACAUUUUAUUCACCAUUGCAAUAAUUUAUUCAGCUUGAAUUUUACUUAUUUAUUUAAUGGAAGUUGGAAUCCUACCUUUUAUUGGCUACAAUAUCUGAAUAAAACAUUGUUGCAACCUGAAGGCUGAAAUACAGGCGACAGCAGCGGAAUAUUGGAAUAUGGAUCAAACAGAUAUGAUGGCAUUUAAUUACUGUAACGUCAAAGUGUGUUGUAGUGAUUUGCAGUAAAAAACUGACUGUACCUUUUAAGACAGCUUUGUUGCAUUUGCUCAGUAGCAUAUAUUGACCUCAGCAUGUGUGCAUAUUUCACAUGCUAUGGGAACACUUUUGGACUGUCUGCAGUCAGUAAGACUCAAAGACUCAUUCUGAACUACAUGUAGCUUGGUUUAAAAAGCUGGUUUCAGCAGGUACGCAAUCAUCCUCCCUCAGUCAUCUUCACCAUGUUAUGCCGCUGUGAUAAAAUAGGAUAUAUCAUGAGAUAUGAUAAUAAUACUUGAAGUAUGUACCUUAUAAACGAUAGUAUGGCCAAUAAACAGGACAAGCUUCAUGCAGAGGAUUUUUUUUUAACAGGGAUUAUGCCAAUAUGCAGUUUAGUGUCGAGAAAGUGGUUAAGAACCUGACAGCUGCCAUCCUGUCUACAGAGUUAUAACGGAAGACCAUGUAGCAUGCAAUAGAUUUUAUUCUUCCAUGUCCACGGAUCGCUGUAUGUCCAGAUCGAUAGUCUUGAAAGGAAGAAAGUCCUCGGACAACAAAGUCAAUAUUCAACCAGAUAGUAACCUAACUCUCAACUCUGCAUUCACUGCUGGAUAAUAGGAGGUUAAAAAGAACCUGCAGGUUAGAGUCACAGAGUCUGUUAUGCCAAUUGACUGAUCCAGAGUUCCUCAUGUCAAAGUUAACAAACCUCAAAGUCUGGCUAAAUCUGCUUUCUGGAAUAGGCCUCGGGCAAAGCUUGCAGUAUGCACACAUGCACAAAGGGGUUCUCCUUCUUUUUAAAUGUCAUUAUUUGUAUAAUAGGAUUCUUCAAGAUUGAUACCUCUCCGUCACUUAAGGAAGUCUGUAAUCAGGUUGUUUGUACAUAUUUAAGUUCCAAGAGGGAACAAACAAGUUGAAAAAACUUUGAUGCUUGGUCCUGCUUCACAUGCUGCAAUGAAUUCAGGUGUUUAAAAGGGAAAGAAAAAAGAGAAAAAGAAAUAAAGGCAUAACAGACUGCGUUAGUGCCACGCUUGGCAGCAAGAUUGUGAAAUGUUUAUGACAAGGAAGGUUGUGAUAAAAUUUACUCCUACCUUUUUAAAAGCGACCAAAGUCAGGUUAACAAGGACACACUGUUAGGAAGCGGUGCCAUUUUUAAAGUUCGUGUCCUUUUCAGAUCGUCUUUGUAUCCAUGACAAAUGUGUUUACUUGAAUGUUUGAGAUGAUUUGUUUUGAAGGUAUUGAAAGGCACAGACAAAAGUCUCUGAAGUAGAUGAAAUCCGCGUCAAUGCCCCGUAGGAACUCACUACACGCCUAGCUAGAUUUGUGGUCCCAACAAUGGGCACCUCAGCGAACUAAGUUACGUGUUGUUGCUACUGAUGCUGAUGCUGAAAUGAAAAGACCAAAUUGAUCACUUGCAAGAUCACUCGGAGGUAAACGAAGCCCGACUUUUAAGUGAAACAGCAAAUGCAUUGUUUAUUUUAUUGUACACUGGCUUACCUACUAGACUACUGUAACUUUAAAGUUUAAUGAUUGUGUAUGAAUGCUGCCUGUGGAUGUGGGAACGGUUAAGGGUGAGUGUGUGUGUGCAGUAGACAGUGUGUGUGCGUGAGAUAUAACGCAAUGGCACCCAUGUUUUGUUCUCCUAACCCCCUAAUGACCCUUAAAAAGCCUUAAGUGUUUGGUCCUUGGACUUUCCUUUGAAAAUGAGCAUGGUUUAAUGAAAACCCCAAAUAAGAAGGAAGAGGCAAUGGUAAGGAUCCACAGAAACAGCAAUUUUAUUUUGCUUUUCUUUUUUUUUUUCUUUUGACUUUUGACUUUAAUGGAAGUUUUGUUGAAUAGGCAGAGCAAUUCCUUAGAUAUUCUUUAUUAUGUAAAGUGAGGAAAAUGAGUAAUAUUUUGUAAUUAUAUAUUUUUAGCAAUGUGUAGUUUUUUGAGCUGUAACAAUUUUUUUUUCUUCUCCCUCCCCUCCCCACAAAGUUUCAAAGCUUCAGUUUGCAGUUGUGACUAUUUAUAAUACUUGAUUUGCUUGUUAUUUAAAAAUUUAUUUUCUUUCUUUAUUUCUUGUACUGUUGCUGUGAAAUGGAAGAAGGUCCACGAACCUUUCUUUUGUGUCAUUCUGUACGACAGAUAAGAGGCAAGAGCGUGAGAGUUGUGCUACUCUUUUUGUAAUAUUGUAAUAAUAAAAUAAAGUUCUAAUUUAUGCUUUGAA